AGAGCAUUAACUCCUAAUUCAGAGAACUCCAGAAUUUCAUAUGGUUCUGCAGUCCUCUUUAGUUCUCAGUGCUCAUUUCAGAUAUUGCCCAUCACGAAUCAAUCAGGAUGCAUAAGCUGCUGCUUCUCGGCCUCUCUGCUUUGCUCUUCUGCACUAUUGCUCAUGGCAUUGUAUGCAACGUCUGUAGUGGUGGAAACGGCAAGCUUUGCUAUUCCAAAGUAGAGUUGUGCAAGACUGACACUGGGAAAUGUUACACGUAUGCAAGCUACCUUGACAAGGAGCUCUAUUACGUCAGUUACGAUUGCCUCCAUCAUGACUAUUUGAUAUGGUAUUGCAAUAAAACUGAAAAGGACGAAAGAUACACCCAUGUUGCGACUUGCUGUGAGACUGAUAAAUGCAAUGGAGAAAUACCCCGUCUGCCUUGGAGCUGAAAUUAAAUGAUUGAAAAGAUCCAGAGAGGGUUGUAAGCUGGCUCUUCUCAAAGAAAAGGACUGCAAACUCACUCUGCUCCCCUUUCUUCAACAUUUGAAUUUUUAAAAAAUUUAACAGAUUGGUCAGAUGUGUGGUGUAGAAAUGGAAUCAAUCAAUCAAUUGAUCGAUCAAUCAAUCAAUCAAAUUGAUGCAAAAACACAAUUUUGAGAUGAAAUUAAAACAAUGAAGGCUUUUGCAUUGGUAAUAAGAGCCACUGUUGAAUCAGGUUUUUCUUAAAUAAAAAUGGUUUUAAAAACAUCCUGGCUACAAAAUGGCAUAUUCCACUCCAUUCAGGAAUCAUGUUAUUUGGAUCUGAA